AUGGAUCAUCUUCUUGAAUCACCUUGGCUUGUUACAUCUGCUACUGUAGCAACUUUGGCAACUCUUUAUAUUGCAACGGCUAGCGGGGAUGCUAAGAAAGCCGGAACCCGCUCGCUAUACGAGCUUCCAGGCCCACCACGCCAGUUUCUGCUGGGAAGUGCCGCGCAUUUCCCCAAAGAUUCGUGGUACGAAGUAUUCAGCAAGUGGAGAGAAGAAUAUGGCGAUGUGAUCUUUGUACCUAUUGCAACGAUGCGAACAGUAAUCAUCCACUCGCUAUCCGAUGCAGAGGAACUCCUCAAUAAGCGCGCAAAUGUCUGGAGCGGCCGACCCAACAAUAGGAUGGUUGCCGACCACAUGGGUCUAUCCUGGAGCUUGCUCUUGACCUCGCCGGGCAAGUCAUUCAACGAACAGCGCUCCAUCUUUCGAAAAGUGCUUGGGGCACAGGCUAUCAUCCAAUACGACCCGCUCGUCUCAGUUGAAGCCAGAAAUCUCGUUGAGUCAUUGAGGGACUCAGUUGGCAACCCAUCCCAAACAAUUCAGGCGAUAGAUGCGCCGCUAACCAUCAAGAUGACUUAUGGAUCGAAGAUAUACGAGGAGCACGGGAAAGAACUCGCAGAUGUCAAUAUGGAGGCUCUAGAGUUUAUCACCUGGUGCUUCAGCCAGGUGUGGAUCGUCAAUAUUCUUCCCAUCAGUCGCCUACUUCCCUCCUGGUUCCCAGGUCUAAAGUAUCCGGCUUUUGCGAAGAAGGGACGCGAACUCGUGUCCGCGAUUCGAAAUAGAGGUUUCGAUCUCGUCAAAACGGAAAUUGAACGCGGAAGCGUCGACUUGUCCAUCGUCUCAAAACAUAUACACGAGUCCGAGUUUGAUCCAGAUGUACUCCAAAACGCGACUGCGAUGAUGUAUCUGGGUGGCGUGGAUACUAUUUCUACGGCUUUGUCGAGUUUCUUUUGCCACAUGCUCAUGUUCCCAGACGUUCAGAAGCAGAUUCAAGCGGAAGUCGACAGCGAAGUCACUUCUGGAGAGCUGCCGACGAGCAAACAAGCCGUGGCGAUGAAGUAUCUUGGAGUAGCAUGGAAAGAAUCGCUUCGCCUUGCUCCACCAUUUCCUACAUCUGUACCCCACGUGAACACAUCCGACGACGUGUUCAAGGGAUAUUACAUUCCCAAGGGCACGCUCUUGAUUACAAAUGUCAUGUUCAUGCUGCGUGAUCCGCGCAUCUAG